GAAGGGGGAGGCAGUGGGGGGCAGAGCCUUUAAUAAAGGACUGAAAAUAAAGUGAAUUUUUUUAAAAAAAGUGAGAGACUCAUCGGCUCUAACUGAAGAUACAGACAGAGAGAAACAUUCAGAGCUUCAGACGCCUGCAGAGAAGAUGGAGAUGAAGAUGAGCUGUGUGUGUUUGGUGCUGGGGCUGGUCCUGCUGAUGACCGUCUCCUCAGAUGGUUCUGCUGCUGUUGGCCAUCCUGAUCCGUGCUGUUUCUGCUUCAUCACUUUUAAAAUUCCAGACACAGAAAUACUAGAAGCUGUAAAAACUCAUUCCAACUGCCCAAAGCCCGGCUUUGUGUACACAACGAAGAGGGGCAGAUUCUGCAAGAAGGACCUGCAGUAAAUCUAGAUUUCAGAGCUGCAGCUUCAACACAGCCCAGACGCAGACGCAGCACACAGAGCAGCUAAAAGCUU